UCCUGAUCCAUCUGUACAGUCUGUGAGCGCACCACAGUCGGCCACUGUAAUGUCAUGCGCACUCCUGUUGUUUUUGGAUUUGUUGUUAUGACUGGUAGAGAGGCCUCGGACUAAAUUAAAAGAGGAACCCUGUCGCUGUACCCGGGGACCCGCGAUGGAGGGCAUGGACAUAGAUUUAGACCCGGAGCUCAUGCAGAAAUUUAGCUGCAUGGGCACCACUGACAAAGAUAUCUUAAUCACCGAAUUCCAAAGACUGCUGGGCUUUCAACUUAACCCUGCUGGCUGCGCCUUCUUCUUGGAUAUGACAAACUGGAAUCUACAAGCAGCCAUCGGAGCCUACUAUGAUUUUGAAAGUCCUAACAUUACAGCACCAUCCAUGUCCUUUGUGGAGGAUGUCACUAUCGGAGAGGGGGAGUCUGUACCACCAGACACACCUUUCACAAAAACCUGGAGAAUACAGAACACAGGCGCAGAGUCGUGGCCCCCUGGAGUCUGCCUAAAGUAUGUGGGAGGAGACCAGUUCGGGCACGUGAACAUCGUGAUGGUGCGGUCACUGGAUCCACAAGAGAUCUCGGAUGUGAGCGUACAGAUGCGUAGCCCCGCGACGCCUGGCAUGUACCAGGGCCAGUGGAGGAUGUGCACGGCCACCGGACUCUUCUAUGGAGACGUGAUCUGGGUGAUCCUGAGCGUGGAGGUGGGGGGCCUCCUGGGCGUGACGCAGCAGCUGUCCUCCUUCCAGGCCGAGUUCAACACGCAGCCGCACCGCCACGUGGAGGGAGACUACAACCCCUUCGCCUCGCCACAGAAGAGCAAGGACGGCAGCGCCGGAGAACUAGGACUUGAAGGACUAGCACUCGGAGGAGGAGAGGGAGACCUUCUACAACAACAGCAGCUACAGCUACAGCAACUUCAGAUCCACCAACAACAACAACAACAACAGCAGCAUCACCAACAUCAACAGCAGCAGCCGCACAGCGAUGGCAGUCUGAAGGGGCCGGGGACGGGCUGGGAGGCGGGGCCGGAACACAUCCAGCAUCCCGAGCAAAAUGGACUGUCACACAACUCUGUGUCUCUAGCCACAAACAACCUGCAAAACAACCUGUCGGUAGUCACCUACAGCCAGGAUAGUCAUGGACCCUACCCCUUCGGACAGUCUUAAAAGGUGGAGGAGGUCACGGCCGUUGUGCAGUGGAAGUGGCCUUGAUCUUACACUAUCCAGUUAGGGUGUGGGGUGCGGGGAGGGGAGGG